UCAUUUUUUUUCUUCCUUUUUUUCAUUUCCACUUUUUUUGUUUUUCAUAUUUUCUCAUAUAAUUCAUUAUUAUUUGUUUGUCUUUCGUCUUUUAUUCUCGAAAUUCAUCGGUUAAAAAAAUACGAACAAAUCGUUGCUCACUGUAACUGCGACGGCAAAAGCUAUAUGUCCUUUUUCUAAGUGAGCUCGAUUCAUACGGAUUUACAAGCGGAAGAAGAUCAUAUUUUAUUUGUAAAAUUCUCGUUAAAACUCAAGUUGAAUUUAUUUUCGGUGUGUUGAACGACUGCUGUUUUAUUUUAGCUGUUCAUUUGUCGUACAGAAAUAUUCGAUAUGAACAUUAGUUCGUGGUUAAAAAUUGUUACGGCUCUUGUGUGCGUGUUCUUGGCAUUUGUCUCACUUCCAGUAGAAUGUGCAAAGCAAGCUCCUGGACCAGCAGCAGCGACACAUGAGCCUGUCAUCGAAGAAGUGACUCAAAAACAACUUGAGAGAAUCUUGCAGGAAAAGGAUUAUGUAGCCGUUUACUGGUAUGCAAGAAGCUGUUUAACUUGUGAUAAAGUACUUGCCGAACUUGAAAAAAUUGACGAUGACACCGAUUCGUUUGGUGUUGAUUUUGUGAAAAUAAACGACAAACGACUGGCCAAAGAGUAUGGCAUCAAAAAGUUCCCAGCACUUACAUACUUCAGAGAGAAGGAGCCAAUUAUCUAUGAUGGUGAUCUCAUGGAUGAAGAGGGCGUUCUUGACUUUUUGACAUCACUAGAAGCCAUGGAUCUUCCCGACCGUAUUGAAGAAGUCAAUGCAAAAAUCUUGGCCAAGAUCAUCGAAGAAACUGACUACGUUGCUGUGCUAUUUUGUCCUGACCAUAGCACUUGUGAAACACGAGGAAAAGCGAUCACUGAAAAUAAACCAGAAUGUAAACGAUGCACAAAAGCUUUACAAGAGCUUGAAAAUAUCGAUGAUGAAGCUGAUCAAUUGGACAUUGGUUUUGUUAAAAUCCAUGAUGAAUCACUGGCAAAUGAAUAUAAUCUUGGAGCAUUGCCAGCAUUGGUAUACUAUCGUCAUCAAAUACCGAUAUUGUAUGAAGGAGAACUUUCGAAAGAAGAGGAUGUUUUAGAAUGGUUGAUUGAGAACAAAUCGACUGGAGACGAUGAAGAAGUUAUAGAAGAUGUAACAGCCAAAACACUAAGCACAUUAAUUGGAAAUGUGGAUAACUUGGUUGUUUUGUUUUAUGAUCAUGGAAUUGAUGAUUCUAUGACUGUGCUUGAAGAGCUUGAGAAAAUUGAUGACGAUUGUGAUAAGCAUGGCAUUCAAUUUGUUAAAAUUGAUGAUGAUCGAACAUCACGUGGUUAUGGUAUUGAUAGUGUACCGGCUAUCGUAUUUUUUGAAAAACAAGUACCAAACAUUUACAACGGUGACUUAUUAAAUGAAGAAGAAAUAUUGCAAUGGCUUGUAUCGCAAUUAGAAAAGGACGAAAUCGAAGAUGUUACCGAAGAAAUGCUCGAUAGAAUGGUUAAAGAAGGAAGGACAUUAGCUGUACUUUUUUAUGAUAAUAAUGAUGAUAAAUCACAAAAAGUACUCGAGGAGCUGGAGAAUAUUGACGAUGAAUGCGAUGCGCUUGGCGUUACUUUUGUUAAAAUCGAUAACAUUGACGAAGCUAAAGAAUAUGGAAUCGAUGGUUUGCCAUCGUUGUUGUACUUUGAAAAGGGCAUUCCAACUGUUUACGAGGGGCGUCUUGAAGAUGAGGAAUCAGUGUUGAAAUGGUUGGAACAACAAACUACAUCGGAUGAAAUCGAAGACAUUACCGACGAAAUGUUGGAUAUUAUUCUUGAAAAAAUGCCCUACGUUGCCGUUUUAUUUUAUGACAAGGAUCAGAAAAAAUCACAAAAAGUUCUCGCUGAAUUAGAAAACAUUGAUGAUGAAUGUGAUCAAAACGAUAUCGCUUUUGUAAAGAUCGACGAUGACAAGGAAGCCGAAGAAUGGGGCAUUGACGAAAUUCCAACAAUCGUAUUUUAUGAACGUGGCAUUCCACACAUCUAUGAAGGUGAUUUGAUGAAGGAAGACGAUCUACUUGGGUGGCUCAUUCAUCAAAAGCGUCAUUCAGAAAUCCCAGAAAUCACCGAUGAAAUGAAAGACAAACUCGUUGAAAGCACCAAGCAUUUGGCCGUUAUCUUUUACGAUAAAGACGAUAAACAAGAUAUCCGUGUGCUUAACGAAUUAGAAAAUAUUGAUGAUGAACUAGAAAAGGAAGGCAUUGUUAUUGUUCGUAUUGACAAUGCUGAUGAAGCAAAAGAGUACGGCUUGGACCAUUUGCCUGCUUUGAUUUAUUUUGAAGAUAAAAUUCCAGCUCUGUACGAAGGUGAUUUGAUGAAUGAAGAUGAAGUUUUGGAAUGGCUAAUUUUGCAAAAAGAAACUGCAACCAUUGAAGAAGUUACUGACGAAAUUUUAAAGGAUUUAAUUGAUGAUCAUGAAUACGUUGUUGCUUAUUUUACUGGACCAUGUGAGGAAGGCGACAAAUGCGAUAACAUUUUGGAUGAUUUGGAGAAUAUUGAUGAUGAACUUGACGAAGCGGGAAUCAUUUUUGUAACAACCGAAGACACCGUUAUGGCAAAGAAAUUGAAUAUCAAACUUUUCCCACAAUUGGUCUUCUUCCGUAAUCGUGACCCUUUAUUCUUCAAGGGCGACCUUGAAGAUGAGGAUGAAGUGUUGUCGUGGCUCACUGAUGAAAAUACCCUUGAAAUUCCUGGAAAAAUCGAAGAAGUAAACAGCAAAAUGUUGGAAAAAAUCUUGGGCGAAAGUGAUCAUGUUGUGGUCUUUUUUUACAGAGAAGGAGACAAAAAAUCUCAAAAGAUUUUGAAUGAAUUGGAGAACAUUGACGAUGAGUGUGAAGAGAAAAGCAUCGAUUUUGUCAAAACUUCGGACGAAGGAAUAGACAAAGAAUACGAUUUGGCUGAACUACCAGCUCUCGCAUUCUAUCGCAACAAAUUCCGUACUAUAUAUAAAGGUGACUUGAUGAAGGAAGACGAAAUCUUGGAAUGGGUACUUGAUUUGUAUGAGUCAAAUCCAGAUGUUAUUGAAUCGGUCGACCGAAAAACCUUGCAAGUUCUAAUUAACGACGUUGAACAUUUAGCGGUAUUUUUCUAUGAUGAAAAAUGUGCAUCAUGCCCAGGCAUUUUGGAAGAACUUGAAACCAUUGACGAUGAUACCGACGAACACGGAAUUCAAUUUGUCAAAUCUAGCGAUGUUAAACUCGCUCAUGAAAUUGGAAUUUUCUCAUUUCCUGCUUUAGUGUAUUAUGAAACCGGUGUUCCAAUUAUGUAUGAUGGAAAUUUGGAAAAUGAAACCUAUGUUUUAGACUGGAUGAUUGAACAAAAGACUGACGAAAGUAUUGAAGAAAUCGAUCGUCCAACAUUAUUUGAAUACAUAGGUUCGAAAGAUUUCUUAGCUGUUGUAUUCUAUGAUCCAGAAGAUUCGGACGCUCGCCGAAUUUUGCGCCAUAUUGAGCUAAUUGAUGACGAAGCUUCAGAAUAUGGUAUUACAAUAGUUAAAACAACCGAUAAAUUAAUGGCGAAAAAAUAUGGAUAUAGAAAAUUACCCGGUUUAACAUACUUCAGAAAGGGCAAAAAUAUCAAUUAUGAUGGUGACAUUGACGAUGAGGAGGAAGUCCUUGAUUGGCUUACGUUACCAGACAACAUGGAAAUGACGGAUCAUAUCGAAAAAGUUAAUCGCAAAAUGUUUCAAAAGAUUCGACAGACAUCCGAUUAUUUGGCAGUUUUUUUUUAUAGUGAUGAUUGUAAACAAUGUCCCCGAGUAUUGGCAGAGAUUGAGCAUAUUGAUGAUGAAGCUGAUGGUGCGGGUAUUAAUUUUGUUAAGAUUGACGACAAAACAAUGGCAAAAGAAUUUGGUGUUUUUGCACUUCCGGCUAUUCUAUUUUUCCGUCAAAAUUCAAAAGAGCCAGUCAUUUAUGCUGGUGACUUAUAUGAAGAAGAUCAAAUCUUAAAUUGGCUAAUGACACAAAAAGAUCCAGGUGGUGAUGUGAUCGAAGAUUUGGAGGGACAACGUCUUAUCGAUUUAAUCGAACAAUCGGGUUCAAUGGCAGUUUACUUCUGGAAUAAAACUCACUGCGAUAUGUGUAGUUCUAAAGCAAUGCGAAAAGCGCGCUUGAAAAAGGAUAAAGAGACGACACAGGCUACUAACCAACCACCAAGUGAUAACCCUGAUGAAUUGGCCGCGGCUUCAGCAACACCGCUACCAACACCAACCCAACAUCAUCAUGGCGCACACGAUGAGGAUAGUGACGAUUGUGAACAAUGCACAAAAACUUUGGAAGAGCUGGAAAACAUUGACGAUGAUUGCGAUCGGCAUGGCAUCACCUUUGUCAAAACAAAAGAUUUCUCCGUUGCCGAACAAUUUGGCGUUCAUGAUUUUCCUGCGCUAGUGUAUUUUGAAAGCAGCAUCCCAAAUGUAUUCGAAGGUCAAUUGAAUGAAGAAGAGGAGGUUUUACAGUGGCUCAUUACACAGAAAACUGAAGAUCGUAUAGAACUCAUAACUAGACAAAUGCUUGAAUCGAUGGUUGCAGACACGCAAUAUUUAGCAGUAUAUUUCUCACCUGAACGUUAUCAAAAUCAACCAUCUUAUUGCCGAAGUCUUUGUUCACCGCUUCCAAAAAAAUUAAAAAUAAAGGACUCAAAGCAUCCAUUAUUGCUAGAGUAUUUGGAACGUAAAAAGCAAAUGGUAGAGAAGCAAGAUAAAAUAAAUUGUAAUAUUUGUGAUCAAAUUCUUGAGGGUCUUGAGUUGAUUGAUGAUGAGUGCGAUGUGUUCGGUAUUCACAUGGUUAAGAUUCAGGAUCCACAACUAGCAAAACGAUACUCGAUCAAAACGUUUCCAGCGCUCGUAUACUUCCGAAAUGGAAAUCCAUUGCUUUUCGAAGGUGACAUGCAAAAUGAGCAAUCAGUACUCGAGUGGCUUAUUGAUGAUGAUAAUCGUGAAUUGGCUGACGAAAUAGAAGAAGUAAAUGAACGCAUGUUGGAGCGUUUAUUGGACGAAUCAUCUUUAUUGGUUGUAUUUUUCUAUGAUGAGGAUUGUGCCGAAUGCGAAGAAAUUCUCGAAGAACUUGAACAAAUCGACGGGGAAGCCGAUAUGUUUGGAAUUGAUUUCGUGAAAAUUGCCAGUCAUGAAGCAGCCCAAAAAUAUGAAGUUAACAGCAUUCCUGCUCUUGUUUAUUUCCGGAAGCAAGUUCCGAUGUUAUAUGAUGGUGACUUACAUCAGCAUGAUCGUAUUUUAACUUGGCUUACCUCACAGGACGUGUUCGAAAUAAAAAAUGAAAUCGAAGAAGUCAACCGAAAAAUGUUGGACAAAUUGCUAGAAGAAAAUGAAUUUUUGGCGGUUUAUUUCUAUGAAGCCGAUCAUCCCGACAGUACACUGGUUCUUGAAAAGCUGGAAAAUAUCGAUAGUGAAACAGACAAUUUGGAUAUAACUUUUGUGAAAAUGUCCGAUUCAAGAUAUGCACGAAAGUGGGGCGUCACAAAACUACCUGCAAUUGUUUACUUUAGGAAACGAUUCCCAAGCAUAUAUAGAGGAGAUUUAUUAUCAGAAGACGAGGUUCUUGAAUGGUUGCGAAAAAAUCGUUUUCGUCAACCAGAACUAAAUAUUUUUAUGUAUGCUUUAAUUGCCAUAUCAGUUGCAUUCGUAUUGUAUACAGCAUUCUUGCUGCAAUGUUUUAAACCGCCUCCCACACCACCGCCAGUCAACGUGAAACAGCAGUAGAUUGAAAGAUCAACACAACAAUAAUAUAAUUUUAUUUAUGUUUAUUUCUUAAAUAUCAAAAGAUUUUGGUAAUAAAUUCUACCCAAGGAACAAUUUGUAAUGCAAA